AUGAGUAAGAUCCUCAAAUUCGUUUUUGUGCUAUUUUGUAUAGUUUUGGCAACAGUGGCAGAAAAUGAAGAACAGGAAGAGUCGACAACACAAAACGCAGAAAACGAGGAAGUGCGGAAGUUUCUAAAUGAAAUUGGCAGUUUGGAAGGAACAAAGCUCACAGUUGGCGAAAGAUCAAUUGAUUCGCGUGAUUGGAACACGUUAGAUGUUUUCCCAAACAUCUCGACGCUUAUAAUAAGGAAACAAGGGCGAUCUCUGCAAACUAAUAUAUUCGAAUGGACUAAAACACUCAGCCAGGUUUACAUGGACGAUAACCUUCUCACAGCAGUUCCAAAGGAAGCACUCUCUGUGCUGACUUCCCUAACAGUCCUUUCAAUCAGCAACAACCGCUUGGAAGCACUCAGUGACGGUGAUGAGUUUAUGGGCCUAGUUCAUUUGGAACAUUUAUACCUUGAUCGCAACUCGAUCAACGUUGUGCAUCCUCACACAUUCGCUUCCCUGCGGGAGCUAAAGCAGCUUGGUCUAAGUGAAAAUCGGCUUACAGCGCUCGAUGGACUAAUACUGCCACCGGAGAACCAGUUGGAAAUGUUAAGUGUAAGCCACAAUUACGUCAAAUCGAUUAACGAGUCCAUUUUCAAUCGAAUGAGAGCUUUGAAGCAACUUUCGUUAGAUGGAAAUCUAUUGGAAACGUUGCGUGAUAAUACCUUUGCAGAGCUACGCGAGCUACGACGAGUCGAUUUAAGUGAUAAUUUUUUGAAAUCUAUACCAUCCAAGCUGUUCGCCUCAAACAGAAAACUGGUGGAGUUAAUUCUAGCGAGAAACCUGCUCGAAAAGCUUCCUGUGGAUGUGUUCCGUGGAUUGAAUCAUCUAGCUGAUUUAAGCCUUCAGGAUAAUCGGUUUACCGAACUACCCGAAGACAUUUUCCGCGAUCAACCACUGUUCACACGGCUCUCACUGAGCGGGAAUCGUAUUGUAAACUUCCAACCGAUCUUUCUUAAAUGUACCGAUGUUGAGUUGCAAAACAAUCGCGUGCGGGUUUUGAACAAGAUUUCUUUCGACACAAACGCGACAUUGGUAGAGCGUCUAUUUCUUCAUGGUAACGAAAUUGCAUCGAUCGAACAAAGUGUCUUUGAAGGGUUGCCGAAAUUGGAAAACAUUUACUUGGAUUAUAAUCGCAUCACGGAACUCUCGCCGAUGCUAUUCCACACGAACCAUGAGCUUCAGCAGGUGACUCUCUCCUACAACCGGCUGUCGGUGUUACGGACGAAUACUUUCUCCGGUUUGCCGCGACUUCAUCAGGUUGACCUAUCCUACAACCAACUGAGCGCUAUCGAACCUGCUGUUUUUCACGACUCUCCGGUAGAAUAUUUAAAUCUAAACGGAAACCAGCUUACAACUCUCGACGAUUGGGCAUUUUCCGGCAUAAAUCUACUGUACCUAUUUGUGGAUUCCAAUGCAAUCGAUUCGCGGCUGACUUCGUCUGGAAUGGUGUUGGAUGGGUUGGUGGACUUAUCAGCUGCCAACAAUCACAUCGCAUCAUGGGAGGCGUUCUGUACAUCAAACUUUACCCGCUUGACAUCCAUCAACUUGUCGAACAACUCACUAACAUCGAUCGAAGGUGGUUGUUUGGAUCAUCUUCUGCCACGGGUCAACAACAGUUUUGACACGCUUCCAAUUACAGUAAAUGUUGCAUACAACAUACUUUCGGAGGUUCCCGUGCUUGCUGGGCGCAUUCAGUCGCUAGAUCUCAGUGGUAAUAAUGUGUCAGACCUGGGCGAUGGGUACGCAUUCCAGUGGUAUCAGCAAACGGAGACGCUGAUUUUGCAAAACACUUCGUUGAGAAUGGUUCGCUCAGAAAGCUUCAAAUUUUUGCAGAACUUGACGCAGCUUGUGAUUAGUUCAAGCACUUUGGAACUGAUAGAGGAGGAUGCUUUCCAUGCUCUAAAGCUUCAGAAGUUAUUGAUAAGCAAUUCAUCCUUGGUAACACUCCCACCUUUACUACUGAAAGGGCAAACUGCCCUUUAUGAUGUGUCAUUGGCCUUCAAUGCGCUAUCUCAGCUGUCAUCCUCUUUCUUCGCCGAUUGUGCUAUGUUGGUAGAGAUAAACCUUUCUCAUAACAGAAUAACGACUGUGGACCAGCUCUGGUUUCAAAAUUUGACCGAACUUAAAACCAUCAUGCUUGAUAACAACUUAAUUACACAGCUCCCUGCAAAUAUGGUCCCCACGAAACACAUCCUCAGAGCACUAUCGCUCGCAGGAAAUGCGUUGAGCUCAAUCUCCGAUGCAGAUUUCUUCGCGAAUGGUUCAAUUUAUCAGCUGAACCUUUCAAACAAUAAGCUGGAAGACAUCGAUAUUCUCGAAAGCAACAAUAUCAUCAACAUUCUGGAUGUUUCUCAAAACCGAUUGCAGCGAUUGGUUGUUCGACCUAAUUAUCGUAUCCUGGUAGCCAAUUCCAAUAACAUCACAUCGCUACGUUUGGAACCCGUUUCGAAAUUUGAACUCGUAUAUCUUAAUCUCGCGGACAAUCAGCUGGACCAACUCGAUCUCCAGAUUUUCGAUGUGCGAACGCUUAAUGAGCUGGAUAUAUCGGAAAACCGGCUUGACGUGUUUCCAUUCGAGUUGGUUUACAAGCUAAAGCAGCUGAAGAACUUGAUCGUGUCUAGAAAUAACAUACGCACAUUGCCAUCGACGGAUAUGGUAGAACCGUUCAAGCUCCAGACGCUUGAUCUAUCGGAAAAUCCGCUCGAGGAGCAGCCGAAUACCUUCCUGGACUCCUGCGUUGUGGAUAAUCUAAUCGUGACCGUAGCAAAAUGA